AACUUUGAGAGAGUAUUCAUUUCAACACUUUGGAUGUAAUUUACUCUUUUGUCAAUCCAACCUAUAGAGAAGGAUAUCUGGUUUUACGACAAUCACAGAAGAACUCUGAAUCUGCUAAAAAGUCACAAAGAAAGUAUUCUCCAUAGUCAACACACCAGCAGAUCUUCACCAGCUCCGUGAAAGCCAGAUACAUUGUUCCAUGCAAGAAUGAAGACUUUGCAGACUACUUUUUUUUUGUUUGUGUUUGUACCUUUGGUAAAUUCAGCACCACCUAUACAGCAAGAAUCACUCCAGUUUUAUGAGUAUGAUACAGAUGUUACCAUGGGAAGCCUGAGCCAACAAGAUUAUGAAAUGCAAUCCAAGGAUUUGAGAAAGGAUGGAAUAAAUGUUUCUCUUGACACUUCCCUAAGACUGCAAGGUGAUGACAGCGAAGGCAAUGUACCACCAACAAAGGAUACAAAUUUACCUACUUGUCUGCUCUGUGUGUGUUUAAGCGGAUCAGUGUACUGCGAGGAAAUAGACAUUGAAGCUGUACCCCCACUGCCAAAGGAAACAGCGUAUCUUUAUGCACGAUUUAACAAAAUAAAAAGGAUAGCAGUCUCAGAUUUUGCUGACAUUACUACCUUAAGAAGAAUUGAUUUUAGUGGAAAUAGGAUAGAAGAAAUAGAAGAUGGAGCCUUUUCAAAGCUUCUGUUAUUGGAAGAACUUUCUCUUGCUGAAAAUCGACUUAUAAAACUUCCUGUUCUACCUCCCAAACUAACAACAUUUAAUGCAAAUCAAAAUAGAAUCAAGAGCAGAGGAAUCAAAGCAAACGCUUUCAAGAAGCUGACAAAUUUGGCCUACCUCUACUUAGGACAUAACGCACUGGAAUCUGUUCCCCUUAACUUACCGGAAAGUCUCCGUAUUCUUCACCUUCAGUACAACAACAUUACUACAAUCACCGAUGACACAUUCUGCAAAUCUAAUAACACACGUUACAUCCGCACACGUAUGGAUGAGAUAAGGAUGGAAGGCAAUCCGAUCCUCUUGGCAAAGCAUGUUAAUGCUUUUUCCUGCUUGAGAACACUGCCUGUAGGAACAUACUACUAGCCACUACUUACGUAAUUACACAUGCCAAAACUUAAACAUGGUAACCAAAGAUCAUUCUUUUUCCUGUUUACCCGUUUAUAUCCUCUCCCUUACUAAUGCCAUUUUCCCUGCAUACCCAGAACCUUUUACUAUGUUGAAAUGUGGUUCUCCUCUGAAAUAACUAUUGCAAAACAGCCACUUUAUUUAGUAGUUAGAAUGUCAUCCAUGCUUUCAGGAUCUUUUCUGUUAGUGAAAGUGUAAAAAUACAUAUAUGCACACACAUCUUCUCAACUUCUAUUUCACCACAUAUUUUUUACAUGUAGGUAAAAUCACACAAGUAACUGCUUGUUCACAUUCUUUACCAGUACCCAGAACAAUCACUACAUUUUACUUUCAAAUAAACGCAAAACAUUCUUUGAGCAAGCUACAGAAGAAAAAUACAUCUUAAUUCCAAUCCCACUUUUUUAAUCUGAAAUGAAACUUUUUCAGCUGACCUUCAAAAGUGUAUUGGAUGAAGUCGCAUACAAAAGAAAGUUAUGUUUAGAAAUAGAACUUCUCAAAGCUUAACUUCAUUAAAUCUUCCUUAAAAACUUGGUUUGUGGAAAAUGAGAAUAAUUCCUAUUUAGGCUUAGUGUACCAAGCAACAUCGCAAGUGGAACUUUUCAAAGAUGUGUUAAAUCUCUCUCCUUCUACUCUUUUGCUUUCAAAAUAAUCUAAGAGUGUGUGUAUAUGUAUUAUAUAUGUAUUUUAUUUUUACACAAGGUAUUUUUAAUUGAAAUAUAUAAUUUUGCUCAGCUGUACUCACAAGAGUAAUUUUUGCAACACCAGCUUCCCAUUUUAAUACAAUGGUCAAAGUACAGCAUAGUAUGACUCUAAGCAUCUUUGUUAUUAACAGAUGAUGUAGACCGAGCCUUGUUCCACUGCUUUUUCUUGACAAGGAAAUGUGACAAUAUAAUUAACAGCAAAGCUGAAUUAAUGUUUUUACCUGUAAAUAAGUAAGAUUUCAGCUAGACGUCAGUGCAAAGAAACAGAAGUACCCUUGUACAACAAUACUUUUGCUCAUUAGGGAAAAAUCAAAUCAGGUCUUUAAAUUAAGAAGAAAAGUUGAUUCUACCAUUAAUCUAAAAAUUAAGCAUUUAAUUUCAAGCAAAUUAAACUAGCAUCAUUUCACUCAACUACUUUAAACCAUGCAGUGUAUUAAAACCACAAAUUGAUGUGUGCAGGCCUCAAUAGUCAGUUCACCUAAAACUAGACAUAACUGAUACAGGACACAAUGUUUUUAAUUACACAACUAUACAUUUCUGACAUUUCAUUUUCCAUUUCUCCCCUCAAAUACCUACCACGGGCAUAAACUCUUCAGAUAAAUGAAUGCCAAGUAUGCUAGUUACUAUAACCAGAUCAACUUCAUACUAAUUUUGAAGCUAGUAUAGAUUCCUAAUUUGUAGAAAUAGUUAAGCAUCAAGUGCAUGAUGAUGUAUCACUACAUCUAGAAUACUGAUUUUACAAGAUAUUUUGUAUUACUUUUGUUUAUCUUAUUUAGCUAGGCCUUGAUUCGUUAGUGCUUGUGCUAUGGGGAAUUAAGUGCACACUUAAUUCUGAACAUACUGAUGCUCUGCCACUAAGAGUGUUGAGACCUAAGUGACUUUCAGUCACUUUUUAAGUAACUAUGUCAAGCAUCAACUGUGGGCUCAUCUUUCUGGAAGGAGGAUGCAAUUAUGAAAUGGAGGACAAAAAUAUUUUUGCCCUGAACCCAUUACCCAAGAAAGACAUAGCAAUCUCCAAUAUUUUCCAUUUUAAGUUAUUUGGUAUAACAAGAAAGAAAUUCCAUUGUCUUAAUACAACUGAGAACAAAACUGAGUCUGACAGUGAGAAUAAUACUUGGUUUUCAUUUUGCCAUGUAAAGCAAAAUAAGCAGUGGCCUCUGAUCUUAUUCUCAUCACAAAUCAUUAUUACUAAAUAAAGCUCUUUCCAGUAUUAAUAGGAUCAGUAAAUAUCACUAAAACUCUUCCUAUGAAAACAAUCACAUGUGUAUACACAAAUAUAUGCACAUUUAUGUAAUAAAUAUACCCGUGUAAACAUUCUAAGACCUAACCACUACCACAUUAUUAAUUUUACAUUAAAAUGUUGUAUAUAUUUUUGAAAAAGUACUAAAUAUCAACUGUAACACUAAUUAAUGCUUUUAAUACUUUGUGAGCAACCAAAGAAGACAACUGGUACCUUCUGAAAGCCUCAUGCAGGCAAUAAAUUAUCUGGUAUGUUUUAAUUUACUUUCCCCAUUCAUAGCAAGUUAACUCAUCAAAACAUUAAGUGAGAAGGGCUUCAGUAUGCAGGAUUUUUUGCCUUCUGUUUGUGUGACCAGUACUAAUACCAAGCUGAAUGUACACCAUUCUGUUUUUUCCUAUCACUCAUUUCUUUUCUGUAUUUCCAAUAAAACUUGAUUUUUUUUCUUGUUUAUCAA